AUGCCGGAUGAAAAGGACACUCAACUCGCUGUUCACCUCUCGGGUAACCAUGUGGAAGAGCUCGAUGGGGAUGACAGUGGCGUCACCAUCAAGGAAGGGCAACGCAUCAUCCGGAGAGCAGACUGGCGACUGUUACCGCCGUUGACAUUGCUCUACGGACUGUCCUUCGUCGAUCGCUCCAAUCUGGGCUUUGCUCGCAUUGUGGGCAUGUCGACUGAUCUCAAUCUGACGGGCAACAAGUAUAAUGUGAUUCUGAUGCUGUUCUUCAUCACCUACACCAUCUUUGAGAUUCCGAGCAAUAGCAUCCUCCGCCGCGUGAGUCUGCGCAUAUACUUGGCUAUGCUCAUCCUCGGCUGGGGCACUAUUUCCAUGUGCUUCGGUUUCACGCAGAGUUUCGCGCAAAUGGCCGGACUGAGAGUUCUCCUGGGACUGUUUGAAGCCGGCUUCAAUCCGGCUUGUUUAUACCUCAUAUCCUCCUGGUAUCGGCGGUACGAGACUCAGAAACGCGUGGCUAUCUGGUUCACCGGCGGGGCUCUAAUCGCAGGGUUCAACGGUAUCGUCUGCUAUGGACUUAGUCAGAUGGAAGGGCUCGGCGGAACCAGAGGCUGGCGGUGGAUCUUCAUCAUCCCAGGGGCAGUCACAGUCGCUGCAGCCGUGCCGUUCUACAUCCUUGUGUCUGAUUUCCCCGAAAAGGCCCACUGGCUCAAUGUCCGACAGCGAGAAUGGCUACUGCAGAGGCUACGGCAAGACCGUGGUGAGGUUGAAGAGACCUUGGGUCGUCGACAUCUAAUCGAAGCCGCCUGGGACUGGAAGGUGUGGGCUAUGGCAUUUCUCCUCACAUUUCCCACGGCGGGAGGUUAUACGAUGACCUUUUUCACCCCGACCAUCCUUAGUGGCUUUGGCUAUAGCCUGGCCGCAAGCCAGUGUCUGGCUACACCGCCCUAUGUCGCUGCGGCUAUCUGCUCCAUCAUCACCGCUAUAGUUGCAGACAGGAUCCAGAGGCGCGGGCCUUUCAUCAUCGGAUACUGUUGCCUGGUCGUUGUGGGUUUCAUACUCAUCGGCUGGGGCCCGAACAACGGCAGUCGACUGGUGGGAAUUUUCUUCGGCGUGGUUGGGAAUUACUGCGCCGUCCCAUCUCUCGCUACCUUUUUGAUGAACAACACCCCGGGUGCCGCAAAACGCCAGGUCGCCGUGGCAGUUCAGACCACGAUGGGCGGCAUCGGCGGCGUCAUCGGCUCCCUCAUUUUUCGUACACAGGACGCACCAGCCUUCCGACCGGGCCUCUACGCAUCCUUCGGCUGUAUGGGUGUGGAAAUUAUUCUCACAUUGGUUCUGAUGCGGCACUUUCACAGACAAAACAAGCUUGCCGACGAACAAGGGCUCAUUCUUGAGGGCCGUGAGGGUUUUCGAUAUACUAUUUGA